AUGGAAACGCUGGUUGUCUACGCGUGGUGUGGGCAUUUGGAGGAAUCGAGAAGGAUCUUUGAUGCAUUGCCGGCCAAGAACAUCGCAUCAUGGACAGCGCUUGCGACCGCGUAUGCCGAGAGUGGGCAUCCGGGGGAGGCCAAGGCAGCGUUCAAUCGAAUGGCGGUGUGGGACGUAGUUUCCUCCACUGUGAUGGUCAAGGCACUGGGCGAUUGCAGGCGGAUUGGAUCGAGCAAGGCGGUGUUUGAUGCAAUGCCCGAGAGGAACUGCAAGACGUGGGCGACGCUGCUGCAGGGAUUUGCUCGCAGUGGAGAGAUUGGGCGAGCAAGAGAAGUGCUGGAUCGGAUGACCAAGAUGAAUGUGGUAGCGUGGACGAUCCUUGUGCAGGGUUUUGCGCAGCGCGGGCAAGUGGGCGAUGCAAAGGCCGCAUUUGAUUCCAUGCCCGAGAAGAACAGCAUCACUCGCACAGUGAUGCUCGUCAUGUUUGCGGAGAAUGGAUUCGUGGAGGAGGCGGAGGAUGUCUUCCAGGAGAUUGUCCACCGAAACGCAAUCCUCUGGGGGGCAAUGCACUGCUGCUAUGCCCAAAAUGGGGAUUUGAUUCGCUUUAGAUGCAAAUAUAUGUGA